AUGGCCAUGAGAAGUUAUUUUCACUUCUUAAUUCUUACUGUUUUUGUUGUAUUGGGAUCAUCAUCUAUGGAGAAAAAAACUAAGAAUCAGCUAUUGAAGGCUGCGAAAGACGGAAAAACAAGUACUUCUUCUUCAUCUCAAAGAGAAACAAACCUCGUUGAUCUGCCAUUCGACAUCAUAAUCAAUAUCGUAAAUCGAUUGCCAUUUAAAUCUGUCUUUCAAUUCCAUCGCGUUUGCAAAUCGUGGCGUUCUCUUAUAUCCACACCAAGAAUCGCCUAUCAUAUCAACCAUGUAUCUGAUAAAAAAUACACACUGAUGAGGAGCAUUGAUGUUUCGCGCCAAAGGACAUUUAAGAUUCCGAUUGAUUUACAAUUCCCAGAUUUCAUGCUAUUGCCCCCUGUUAAUGGAAUACUCUGCAUUUGUGAACCUAUAUUAUCCCAUGUCACUUAUGUGUACUUGUGGAACCCUUUAACUCAUGAAUUCAAAGCUUUGCCUAAGCCAAGUGUUCAUUUGGGAUAUGUUGCUGUUAGCUUUGGCUUUGGCUUUGUUCCUAAUAGCAAUGAUUACAAAGUAGUGAGGGUACUUCGACAUGAGAGAAAACCUGAUUACCAGACUGAAAUUUACUCUUUGAAUCGCAAUACUUGGAAAAGGAUUAGUAAAAUCACUGGAAAUGAGAGAGAUGUGAGUGUAUUCCGCUCUCGUAGAUAUUGCACUGGUGCUUUGACUGUUGAUCUGGAGAAAGAAGUGAUUACUGAAGCGGAUUAUAGGAAGCAUUGUAGAACAAUCACUUGGAGCAAUGAAGGAGGUGCUAUAUUACUGACAUUUCCUGAAGAUGAUCUGAUGGGGCUAAUGAUUAAGAACAAUGAAGAGUGGCUCUUUCUUGGAAAUCUCUAA